AUGUCUUACAACAGGCAACUAAAGUUGAUCUCUGAUGGGUCCUCCAGUGAGGAAGACGACGACGAUCUGCUCAACUACACUUAUGGGCGGGCCAGAGCGUAUAGGUCUAACGCCUACGAUUUGAGAGACGAGACCGAUGAGGAGAGAAGUACCGGAAACUGCUCUGUUUCCCCAAUCCUGAAUUCUCCGUUGAGCGAGAAAACUACCCAGCCUUUCAGUGCUUUCAAAACACCCUACCUAAACACUAGCAGAUGGAACAACAUUGAUAGACUAGGUGAUGUUUUUGGAGUCAAAAGCUUUGCUCAGGCCGAAAAUCCUGGUGAGACCCUGGCAGAGAGAGGUCUCACAGAUCUCUAUGAAAACUAUUAUGAUCCCUACCCUUCUUGGGCCCCUGAUGAUGAGGUCCCCAUUACAAAACAGCGCAUUGAGUCCAUCUUCAUUCAUUUAUCUCGAAUCUUUGGGUUCCAACACGACAAUACCAAAAACAUGUACGAUUACUUGAUGCGAAUGCUAGAUUCCAGAGCAGCAAGAAUGGGACCUGCGACCGCACUCCGAACUUUACAUGCUGACUAUAUUGGUGGAUUAAACGCGAAUUACAGAAAAUGGUACUUUGGCUCACAGAUGGAUAUCGAUGACACUAUAGGAUUUGCAAAUCAGAAAUCCAAGAACAUUAACUACUCUUUGGAUGAUUCGCAACUAAGGUGGUCCCAAACAAUGAACUCCUUCCUCCCUGAAGAUUGUGUAAUUCAAUUAGCCCUUUAUCUUCUUUGUUGGGGAGAAGCAAACAACAUCAGAUUUAUGCCUGAAUGUCUCUGCUUCAUUUUCAAAUGUUGUGCGGACAUCUUCUACUCCUUAGAAUUCACAAAGGAGAUACAGCCCAUCACAAAUAGUUUCUUGGAUCAUGCUAUUACACCAUUAUAUAACUAUUAUCGUGAUCAGCUAUAUGAGAAGAUUGGAGAUAAAUGGAUCUUGCGUGACAAAGAUCACGCUAAAAUCAUAGGAUACGACGACAUAAAUCAACUUUUCUGGUACCGCAAGGGCCUGGAGAAAAUACGGCUGGAUAGUAAGGAGAAGCUCAUGGAUUAUCUGCCCUGUGAAAGGUUCCUUUACUUGAAUAGAAUUGUGUGGAAAAAGGCAUUUCAGAAAACAUAUCAAGAACAUAGAACUUGGGCUCACAUUUUGGUCAACUUCAACAGAAUCUGGAACAUCCACAUUGGUGUCUUCUGGUAUUACACCUGUUUCAAUUCUUACACUUUCUACACGGAAGACUACGACCCUUCCAGAGAUAAUCAGCCGAGCGUUUCAGCAACUUUGUCUGCAUUGUCUUUGGCAGGAUGUGUCGUCUCGUUCAUAAAUUUGAUCUCUUUGCUAGGCGAAGCAAUUUUCGUCCCCAGGAACUGGAUAGGCGCACAAUCGGUGUUUUGGAGAUUCCUUCUAACUCUCACGUUUUUUGCGGUCAACCUGUGUCCAUCACUUUACAUCUUCCUUUGGUCAGAUAUGUCUGUUGAUAAUCCGAUUAGCUUGGCUAUUUCCAUCAGUCAGUUUCUCUUUUCCAUCUUUAUCGUCAUAUAUCAAUCUGUUGUACCCUUGUCUUCUUUGGCCGGCAAUGUCAGAUCUGAAAGACGGAGACAUCAUCUUCCUGCGAAAUACUUCACCGACUCCUUCCAUGAGCUCAAAGGUAAGAACUUAUUAGCUUCAUACGGGCUAUGGGCUGGAGUCCUAAUCUCCAAGUUUGUUGAGUCAUACUUCUUCUUAACUCUAAGCUUGAGAGACCCCGUUCGUGAACUAAGUGUGAUGAAAUUAAACAGAUGUGUCGGCGAGCAAUACUUCGGCUCAAUUCUGUGUGAAAGGCAAGCAUCAAUCAUUCUCGUGUUAAUGAUCCUUACAGAUCUGCUGUUGUUUUUCCUUGACACUUACCUCUGGUAUAUUGUCUGGAAUGUUGCAUUCUCCGUAUGUCGCUCAUUCUACUGCGGUGUAUCAAUAUGGACCCCUUGGAGAAACAUGUUCGUUCGGCUGCCAAAACGCAUCGCAUCCAAGAUUCUUUCCCAACAGAGUAUUUCCGCUAGCAAUGUUUCCAAACGUAAAGCUAUGGUUUGUCAAAUAUGGAACUCUAUCGUGGUCUCGAUGUACAGAGAGCAUUUGCUGUCUAUUGACCAUCUUCAAAAUCUCAUUUAUCAGCAAGCCACCACUGCGGAUGGGCAUGUUCUGUUAACUGAGCCAAGGUUCUUUAUGGAGCAGGAAGACGGUGAGAGUCCCCAUAAGAAAGAAGAAGUUCUUGAUCCAAACUCAGAGGCAAGCAGGAGACUUACUUUUUUUGCACAUUCUCUUUCCACCCCUAUUCCCAAGCCAUUACCAAUAGAUCAGAUGCCAACUUUUUCGGUUCUCAUUCCACAUCACUCCGAGAAAAUCACAUUGUCUUUACAAGAGAUCAUAAAAAAGGAAGAUGAAUACUCGAACGUUACUCUGUUGGAGUACUUGAAACAGCUCUAUCCUCUUGAAUGGCAUAAUUUUGUGAGAGACACUAAGCUCUUGGCUAAAGAAUCAGAACUCAACACAGGUAAUGCGUCAGCUGAAGCGAAUAACGAUUUGGCUUUUUAUUCAGUUGGUUUCAAAGCUGCUACCCCAGAAUAUAUUCUACGAACUCGUGUUUGGGCCUCGUUGAGGUCUCAAACGCUGUAUCGUACUGUAUCUGGCUUCAUGAAUUAUUCGCGGGCAUUGAAGCUCUUGUAUGCUGCUGAAAACUUAGACACGCCUACCGAAGAGCAGAAAAUGGAAGAGGCAAGCGUAGUAGCACAACGAAAAUUCAGAAUUGUGGUUUCGCUGCAAAAAUUGAAAGACUUUAAUGCCGAACAAGACGAAUGUAAAGAAUUCCUAUUGAGAACUUAUCCCGAACUUCAGAUUGCAUAUAUUGAUUACGAUCUUGAUCCUGAAACAAAUGAACUGAAUUAUUAUUCGACUUUGAUCGACGGGAGCUGUGAUAUUCUUGAGAAUGGAGCAAGGAAGCCCAAAUACCGAAUUAAACUAUCUGGAAACCCAAUUCUAGGUGACGGAAAGUCGGAUAACCAAAAUCAUUCCUUGAUUUUCUGCAGAGGAGAAUACAUUCAACUAAUCGACGCCAAUCAGGACAACUAUUUGGAAGAGUGUAUUAAGAUCAGAAGUAUACUUGCUGAGUUUGAGGAGCUUACUCCACCAAUCGAUCCCUAUCUCGAGCCUAUCGAGAAUAUUAGUGAAAGCCUUUUGUUUCCAAAGAAUCCCGUUGCAAUCAUUGGAACGAGAGAGUAUAUUUUCUCAGAAAACAUUGGAGUCCUCGGUGAUGUGGCAGCCGGUAAAGAACAAACUUUUGGAACUCUGUUUGCCCGUACACUGGCUUAUGUCGGAGGAAAGCUCCACUAUGGGCACCCUGACUUUUUGAACUCUAUUUUCAUGACGACUAGAGGCGGUGUCUCGAAGUCGCAAAAAGGUCUGCAUCUCAACGAGGACAUUUAUGCUGGCAUGAAUGCUCUAUUGCGAGGAGGAAGAAUAAAACAUUGUGAAUAUUUCCAGUGUGGAAAAGGAAGAGAUCUUGGAUUUGGAUCAAUUCUCAACUUUACAACUAAGAUCGGAGCAGGAAUGGGAGAACAAAUGUUGUCACGUGAAUAUUUCUACCUGGGAACUCAAUUGCCAUUGGAUAGGUUUCUUUCCUUCUAUUAUGCACAUCCUGGCUUUCACCUGAACAAUGUCUUCAUUCUUCUUUCUUUGAAAAUGUUCAUGUUGUUCUGUAUCAAUCUGGCAGCAUUGACAAAUGACUCCAUUAUUUGUGAGUACGAUAAGGAUAGACCUAUCACAGAUUUGAGAUUACCUGCAGGAUGUGUCAGCCUUAUUCCUGUCAUCGCAUGGGUGCAAAGAUGUAUCUUGUCGAUCUUCAUAGUCUUUUCCAUUUCAUUUCUUCCACUAUGUGUCCAAGAACUGACGGAGAGAGGAAUAUGGAAAUGCUUCACUCGGAUUUCACGCCAUUUUGCGUCCAUGUCUCCAUUCUUUGAGGUCUUUGUGUGCAGAAUCUAUGCUCAGUCGCUUGUUAAUGAUCUUGCAAUUGGAGGUGCAAAGUAUAUUGCCACAGGAAGAGGGUUUUCUACCAUAAGAGUUUCGUUCUCAGUUCUUUAUAGCAGAUUUUGCUUUGAGAGUCUUUAUUUUGCCUCUACCAUGUUCUUGAUGCUUCUUUACUGCUCAUUGGUCAUGUGGAACGUCGCGCUGCUAUAUUUCUGGUGUACGGCAAUUGCUCUCUUCUUGUCGCCAUUCCUUUUCAAUCCGAACCAGUUCCAAUUCACCGAGUUUUUUGUUGAUUACAAGAAUUUCCUGACGUGGCUAACCAGCGGUAAUUCUUUCUAUAAGAAAGACUCCUGGGUGACACAUGUCAGGAGUUCAAGAAUGCAACUCACAGGUGCAAAAAGAAAAAAGUUGGGUAAAGGCAACGAUAAUCUAGAAUCAGAUUUCAAGCGUCCGUCUUUCUUAGCGGCAUUGAUAACUCAAGUGGGUUCUCGUCUGCUGGUUGCAAUGAUUGUAAUCGUGGCCUACUUGUUUGCAAAUUCACAAAAUGAGGAUAUAAGUGGUCCUCCUUCGAACUCAAUUCUAAGACUCGCUGUCAUUACCUUGGGCCCAAUUGUGAUCAACGUGGGAAUUCUGUUGGCCUUGUUCCCUAUUUCGACAAUUUUAGGGCCUUUGUUGAGCCACAUGUUCAAGAAGUUCCCUGACUUCAUAGCCAACAUUGCCCAUAUCCUUGCAUGUGUAAAUCAUUUUGCAUUUUUUGAGUUCAUGUUGCUGUGUCAAAAUUGGGACAUCUCCAAAUCGAUUUUGGGAAUCUGCGCUUCAUUCCUUUUGCAAAGUGUUAUCUUCAAGCUUCUUACUAUUGUGUUCUUGAGCCGCGAAUUCAAACAUGAUAAGUCCAAUCGGUCGUGGUGGUCUGGAAAAUGGUUGACGUCCGGCCUCGGCUGCCAUACAUUAACCCAGCCCGGAAGAGAGUUUAUUUGCAAGGUUAUUGAGCUUUCAGUUUUCGCGUGCGAUUUGGUCACCUCUCAUUUCAUCUUGGUGUGCUUGUUCCCAUUCUUGUUCGUCCCAUAUAUCGAUAGCUGUCAUUCUUACCUCCUGCUAUGGUUGAAGCCUCGAAAUCAGAUUAGAAGACCGGUCUUUUCACCCGGAAAGCGCAGGGCUCGAACAAAAAUUACGGUUGCAUAUUUUGUGCUUUUGAUGUUGAUUCUGGUGGUAUUUGUGCUCCUAAUUGCGUGCCCAAUAAUAUUGGCCCGAACAUACGGAGUUGACUUCGACGACUAUCUGCCAGAAAUAAUCGGCGUUCUUUUGCAGCCUGAGGAAAUUAUCAACAAAAGAAAAGGGUUGAAGAACUAUUCAUCUCCAAAAAAGCACAGCUAA